AUGAAUGUCCUAUCGGUUCAGCACGAGAACAUUCCUAGCAUCAAAUACCAUAAGCGCCCUAUCAAAGACGGUCAAAAAAGAUGUGCAUUCUACUUAUCUACUGAGACAGAAAGCGUGGUGAAUUAUUCAUUGCGUUUCGAUUCGAAGAGUUUGAGCCGGCGUAAAUUUGAUGCCCUUCUAAAGGUUCCUACGCAUGUAUCCAACUCCAAAAUUGACACCCAUACAUUACCACAUUUAAUAGAGAUCAUACAAGAACAAAUAAUUAGUGUUACCGAACAGAGGAAAUGCGUCACUCUGCAUGACAAUCUAUAUAUGAUAGCGCUCUGUAUCGUGCCGAUGACAGUUGAGCUUACUCGCACGCUUGAACAAGUGAAUAACGCAUCACAAAGCAAGUUUACUGUGAAUUCAUACUACAGCAACAAAUUCCUGUUCCUUAUUGAAAUACUAAUAGAGUUCAUAUGGGUUGACCACAUCAGAGCGCUUUGUAGGGAAGAGAUACAUAAGGACCACACACAUAGUAACUAUAAAACUCGAUAUAACAUGACUAUGUUAGUAGAGGACCCUGACUCAGUGCUGUCUCGCAUAUACUACAGAUGGAGUAAGCUUAACUAUUUUCCCAUAACGUUACUUUCCAGCUUGAAGUUUACAGUCAUUGGUGAAGGUAAGAAUGUCGAAAUUGGUUACAGGAAUGAGACUCGCAAGAUAGUCCUCAGUACGCUACUGUUGGUCAGUAAGAAGUGCUUUGUACAGUUUAUGAAAAUUGUAAUGGCGCAACAGGCGUUAUACCAGAACUUAGACGAGGCAUGCUUUCUUCUUAUGUGUGAGUGGCUUCUCAAAGGUACAGUUCAAAGCAAUUCAGGAGAGAGUGUAGUAGGUAUAAGGCAAGUGAUCCUUGAUCUGGUCAAUGCCAAGGACGGUUCGCUAUUAAGUGAACACCUUGGCUUUAGAUGUAGAUGUAAUACGUGGGCCAAGCAGCUCAGCACUCGACUGAUCGAGAACAAAACCAAAGAGGACGUAAUACAAGGCACAGAGAUAGAGGACACAGAUCUGAAGUUUAACAAGUACGAAGUGGCGUUGCUGUUUUUGGAUGAUCUCAUCCGCAGCACUGCCACUGUGCAUUCCGUGGGGACAUCCCAAGAGGACAGCAAUAUACAGGACGAACACACACAGGAGCUUACUCAUAGGCCCUUGGAGUGGAUGAGUGUGUUUAAUUCAUGUUCAUACCACAGUGGAAAUGCCAUCAAACAUCGGAAAAGAUCUCAAUUGCAAAAUUGGUUCAAGAAGCACACUCUUAUGCGAAGAAUUAUAAAGGUCUUUAAGAAUCUACGUAGCUCAUAG